UUCAGGUCCUCGCCAGCUCCGUUGCCGUGGCCGUUUACCGUUGUGUGCCGCUGAAUGCCUUCUAGCCGGGGCCCAACCACCAGGAACCAGGAACGGCAACGGCAACGUUAGCUUUUCACGACGACGACGACGACAACGACAAAACUCCUGGUGCACAUUAAGUCAGGCAACAGUUUAACGUGGAAAUUAUUGCGAAUUUGUUGUGUGUUUUUGCGACAGCGACAGCGACAACGACGCGUGCCACAAAUCUCGCAAAAUCUUGCAAAUCUCGCAGCAAUCAAUUUUUUUAGUGUUCGGCCCCGCAUCGUAGGUUCAAGUGCAGUUUAGCGGGACUUUGGGCCGGCAAACUAGGCCUAUGGUGCCCAACAGCCACUGAGUGUCACACGGAGACAGAGAUAGAGAGAGGGAGAAAGAGAGAGAGAGGGAGAGAGAGAGAGAGAGAGAGAAGAGCCAGAGUUCUGAGUUAGGGGAAACCCCCGAAAAUGUUCCACUAAAACAGCAGCACAACAAUUGAGGCAGAGCCAAUCGAUUCAUCGAGGGAAACAUUAGCAGCAUAAGCAGCAGCGAUGCCGCAGCGUUCGCCCUUUGCCAUACAGGAGCUGCUCGGACUGGCCGUGGCGGCAGCGGCAACAACCACAACGGAAACGGUGGCAACCUGCGAGACGCCAACGGAUCUGACAACAGCCGCCAGCAGCCAGGCAUCGCCAAAAUGUAUUUCAACAACAAGCACAACAGCUGCAGGAGAAGCAACAGGAGCAACAGCAACAGCAGCAGCAGUGGCAACAACAGCAGCAACAGCGGCAACAUACAAUACCGUUGCAGCAGUGGCAACAACAACCACGGGAACAGCGGGAACAGCAAGCGGAACCGGAAGUGGAGCAGUGGGUGACAGCAUGUCAUCGGUGAUAGAUCAGCAGCAGCAACAGCAGCAGCACCACCACUACAGGGAGCACCACCAAAUGACCAUGGCAGCCGCCUCCCGUAUGGCCUACUUCAAUGCCCAUGCAGCGGUGGCGGCCGCCUUUAUGCCUCAUCAGCUGGCCGCUGCCGUGCAUCAGCACCACCAUCAGCAUCAGCCGCACCACCCGCACGGAGGGCAUCCGCAUAAUCCCCAUGCGACUGCUGCUGCUGUGCCGCCGCCUCCAAUGCCGCACCACCAUCCACACCACCACCACCAUCACCACCCGCUGCUACAUGCGCAGGGAUUUCCGCAGCUGAAGAACUUUGCGGCAGGCGCCGGAACAUGUUUGCCAGGCUCUCUGGCACCCAAGGACUUUGGAAUGGAGGGUCUCAACGGCUUUGGUGUCGGGCCGAAUAGCAAGAAGAAAAAGAAGAAGCGCAGGCACAGCCGCACGAUCUUCACCAGCUACCAGCUGGAGAAGCUGGAGGAGGCCUUCAAGGAGGCCCACUACCCGGACGUGUAUGCCCGCGAGAUGCUCUCGCUGAAGACGGAGCUGCCCGAGGAUCGCAUACAGGUCUGGUUCCAGAAUCGCAGGGCCAAAUGGCGAAAGACCGAGAAGGUCUGGGGCGGCAGCACCAUCAUGGCCGAGUACGGGCUGUAUGGGGCCAUGGUGAGGCAUUCGCUGCCGCUGCCGGACACCAUCUUGAAGUCGGCCAAGGAGAACGAUGCGGUGGCGCCCUGGCUACUAGGCAUGCACCGCAAAUCGAUUGAGGCUCAGUCCGCCCUCAAGGACGAUUCGGGAGUGAGCGAUCAUGAGGACUCGGCCGGCUCAAAGUCGGCCCACUCCGAGGAGCUGCGCUCCCGUUCGCGGGCACUCAGCUCCUCCACGGAAUCGCUGAACGUGGUCAGCCCGGCGCCAAGCAGUUGCAACACCAUCACCUCGACUGCACCGCCGACCUCGACAACGCCCCACGGCAGCAGCGGCUAUGCGGCUGCCUCCUCGGCAGCCACCACGCCCACGGGUGCCACCACGAACAGCUCGGGAUCGCCCCACAUCGAGCUGGGCUCCCCAUCCCCGCAGCAGUCCCAGACCCAGACCCAGGCCCAGGCCCAGCUGAUGCAGCAGCACCAGAGUCAACAUUACUUGUCUGGCGGUGGAGCCGCCUCGGCCACGCCGAGCUAUCAUCCGCUUCUGGAUGCGGCCAAUGCGGCCGGUGCUGGUGCCGCGGCCACCAGCAAGGACUUUCACUUGAUCAUGAAUACGGCGGUGGCGGCAGCGGCUGCGGCUGCCCAACAGCAGCAGCAACAGCCCCAGAUGCCGGCGGCGCCACCGGGCCUGCAUGCCCAUCAUCUGGCAGCCGCACUCAUGGAACACGAUCCGGAUGCGUUUAGGAACAACUCCAUCGCCUGUCUCCGGGCCAAGGCGCAGGAGCACCAGGCGCGGCUGCUCAACAACGGUGGCCUCUUUCUGCAGGUACGGAGCUUUGCGGCCCAUGCCCAGGCUCAAGCUCAGGCCCAGGCUCAGGCCCAGUGUGAUAUGCUGAAGCACAACGAGGAGCACAACAACAACAACCACCCACAAGCAGGACCAGCACAUCCACAUGCCAAUCCACAUCCACAUCCACAUCCACAUGCACACACCCACUCCCAUUUGCAGGUCAACUCCAAUCAGCAGCAGCAGCAGCAUAUCAAAAUGGAGCUUACUGGCAGCGGCGGGCGGUCAAUGGCCGCCUGCGAGGAUGUCUGA